UACCUGUUCGAUAAAAUGCCUCAAAGAGAGUAAAAUUAUCCAAAUUCUAGUUCAAUCAACAAUGGGAAUCUUCAAUUUGCUGUUAUAGUUUAGUAUAAAGAUUGAAAAUGGAGAAAAUAAUGCUGUUACAGUGUAAUCCAACUUCUCCAUUUACACAGCUAUGGCCGACUACAGUUACAGCAACUGCUUAUACCUGCAGUUUUGGCUGCUCUAAUGUCGUUUCUUUCAGAUUUCCAAGAAGAAUUAACAUGGGGUUUCGUUCUUUUCAAGAAAUUUCUAGAAGGAAUAGUGUAAAGUUAAGUAAAGCUAAUUUUUGGGAAGAUCCUGAUGAUGGUAGUGACAGUGAAGAAGAAGAAGAGGAGAGUGAAAUGGAAGAAGAAGAAGAAGGAGAAGAGGAAGAUAGGGAUGUUGAGAGUUGCUUGGAAUAUGAAGAAAAUAAAGCUAUGGCCAAUUCUACAACUGGGUUGUCUACCAGGGAAGAGGAGUUUGUGAAAGAGGUUGAACAGCUUUUGAGCCCAGAGGAAAUGGAAAUUUUGUAUCGCAAUCAAACUCCAGAGCUGAAUAAGAUAUCAACUGCAAAAUGGAACCCUCUUCACACUUUUGCACUAGCCGGGCAGAUACGAUUUAUGGAUAGACUUCUGGAGGAGGGCCUUGAUAUUGAUGUUGUUGACAAGGAAGGGCAAACAGCUCUUCACCAUGCUGUUUUCGGUAAAAAAGAGGCUGUGAUCAGUCAUCUUCUAAGAAAAGAUGCAAACCCUCAAGUUAGGGAUAUGGACGGUAUCACCCCGCUACAUUAUGCAGUUCAAGUAGGAGCUAUACAAACUGUUAAGAUGUUAAUCAAAUACAAGGUUGAUGUGAAUGUUGCUGAUAAUGAGGGUUGGACACCGCUGCACGUGGCCAUGCAAAGUAGAAACAGAGACAUAGCGAAAAUUCUUCUAGUCAAUGGAGCAGAUAAGUACAGAAAGAAUAAGGAUGGAAAGACACCCCUUGAUAUUAGUCUUUGUUAUGGCAAAGAUUUCAAGUCCUAUGAUCUGGCCAAGUUACUGAAGCUUGUUCCUGCAAAUAGAGAGCUGUGAUUGGCUUCCUCAAUUUACGUGCAGUUCUUCCGAAAUCUCAAGAAGAUUAGAACCACCAUGUUGACAUUGACGUCCUAUCGAAUUCUUCUGCAUUUUUGCUUCCAGCAAAGAAGAAAACAAUCAAAAUUCUAGUCGAAGAGAAAGUUCUUAAAGGUGCUGAGACGGAUUUAUAGAAGCACAAUUCAGAUCGACUAUCGAACAUGAAAUCAUUGGAACUGUAAAAUAUUUGGGCAAUUGUCCAGUCAGUCUUGUAACAGAUUUGUAGAGAAAAAGAAGUUAUUUUCUUAUAAUACUAGAUAUAGGAACCCGUGCCAACAUGGCCCAAUAUUUCUUACUUUUUCUAUCUCAAUUUACGUGAUAUCUUUGAAAUUUGGAGUGAUCCAAAUUUUAUUGAUAAUGUUUGCGUACACUCUA